AAUACGACAUUCAUCACAUAGCAACAUUUUUGUAUCACAAUGGAGAGAGUAACAAAGAUGAUUUCAGAGAGGCCAGUGGUGAUAUUCAGCAAGAGUUCAUGUUGUAUGAGUCAUACCAUAAAGACACUUUUUUGUGACUUUGGUGUGAAUCCAGCUGUUUACGAACUUGAUGAGAUAUCAAGAGGGAGAGAGAUUGAACAAGCACUUUCAAGACUUGGUUCUUCUCCAUCUGUUCCAACUGUUUUCAUUGGCGGUGAGCUUGUUGGUGGAGCCAAUCAAGUCAUGAGUCUUCAUCUUAAUCGUUCUUUGAUUCCAAUGCUUAAAAAAGCUGGAGCUCUUUGGGUUUAAUUUAAUCAAUAUAAUAGAGAAAGAGAGAGAGAGAGAGGCAGAAUAUAGAUAAGAUGAGUUUAAUAUUAUAGAGUUUAUAGCACUAGGUAAUAGUGUUAUAAGUCUAACUUAAAUGAUAGAUUUUGGGUUCUUUAAGGACAAGGUUCUUGUACCGCCACUGCACUACAUGGGAAAUCGAGUCUUCCGUUUAGCCUCCCUUUUUUGGGGCUAAAUGUAAUACAUGAGUUGAUGUACGAUAAUAUAUAAACUAUAUGGAUGGAUCAUAGAUGAGUUGUUUUUUUUGUAUUAAUGUUUUUUUUUUUGGGAUAUUAGUGUUAUACAUGUGAAAUUCAUUAAUUUAAUAACUAGUUCAUCU